AUGACAAAACCUAAUAAAUUGAAUCAGACGGAGAAUGAAAACAGUAGCAUUGACCAAAAUGCGAGAGAUUACGAGAGGAUAUUUAGGGAACUAGAUGUUAACAAUAGUGGACAAUUGACAUUAGAUGAAUUCCGUGAUAAUGUGAAAGUACUUCAUUAUCCUGUUAGCGAUAAUUCCGAAAUUAUUGAUAAGAUGUUUGAGGCAAUAGAUACUGAUAACGAUAAAGUGAUUGACUUUGAUGAUCUCAGGACGUACUUGACAGCAACGGACGAUCAAAUUCAAAAAGCAUUCAAGAAGAUAGAUACUAAUAAUGACGGGAAGUUAAAUUUCGAGGAGUUUGCGAUGUAUAUGAAUGAAACGCUAAAUUUGAAAGCCUCGAAAGAAAAUAUGGAUAUGAUGUUUAAGAAGAUUGCGAAGAAAAAUGGAUCUAUAGGUUACAAUGAGUUCAGGAAUUUUUUGUUGUUGGUACCGCGUUCAGAAGGGUCCAGACUUAAGACGGCCUUCAUGUUUCUUGUUAAUGGUCUUGACAUUUCAGCAGAUGGAGAUGUCAAUAUGAAUCAACUGGUUUUGAAUGGGGCAGGGUUGUUUGUAGCUGGAGGAAUAUCAGGGGUAGUUUCUCGAACGUGUACUGCCCCGUUUGAUAGAAUUAAGACGUUCUUGAUUUCCCGAUCUGACUUGUCAUCUCUCGUCAUGCGUUCUAAAGAACAAAUUAAUAAGGCCAUUUCAGAAGGUGCAUCUCCUCGAGCUAUAGAAGAAGCCAAAAAGAAUCAUCGUGCCGUUAAAAAUGCUGCUAAGCAAGUUGCAAAUCCAAAAACAAUCAGGUCUCCGUUGAUUCAAGCUGCGAGGACUUUGUACUUGCAAGGUGGUCUAAGAUCAUUUUUUGUGGGUAAUGGAUUGAAUACUGUAAAAAUUUUUCCAGAAUCAGCGGUAAAGCUUGGUGUAUUUGAAGCUACCAAACGAUUUCUUGUUCAAAUCGAAGGUGUGAGCGAUGCGACUCAAUUAUCGAGUGUUUCUACGUACUUAGCAGGUGGUAUUGGUGGGGUUAGUGGUCAGUUGACUUCCUAUCCAAUUGAUACUCUCAAAUUCAGAUUACAAUGUUCAAAUUUAAAGUCUGAUAUACGAGGCAAUGAACUUUUGAUCCAAAUAGCAAAAGAGCUAUAUCGAGAAGGGGGCAUAAGAAGCUACUACAGAGGAAUCUGGGCUGGUUUAGGAGGAAUGUUUCCUUUUGCAGCCCUUGAUCUAGGUACAUUCACAACCAUUAAGAACUGGCUCAUUAAGAGAGAAAGCAAAAAGAGCGGAUUAAAGGAGGAAGAUGUCAAAUUACCAAACUAUGUGAUUUUGGCGUUGGGUGCCUUCUCGGGCUCUUUUGGUGCCUCUGCAGUCUACCCUGUAAACGUAAUAAGAACAAGACUUCAAGCACAAGGAACUCACGCACACCCAUAUACAUAUAAUGGUUUUUUUGAUGCGCUACGUCAGACAGUUGCCAGAGAGGGCCCCUCUGGAUUGUAUAAAGGGCUAGUGCCGAAUCUCGCUAAAGUUGCCCCAGCCGUGUCGAUAAGCUACUAUGUUUACGAAAGGCUAAAGUUCGUAUUUAAACUUGAGAAGACAGCUGCGAUGUAA